AUGAACGACGCUUGUAUGUGGGCUUUGUUUCUUGCUUUAGCAUCUUCUACCUCGUCAGCGGAGAUUAGGCUGCAGUUGAUCCUGGUUACUAGGCUAGUGCUCUUCAAAGAUUUGCGAACUUCCAAGUGGGCGGCAUACAGGCGUUACCACACAUGUCCCCCGAAAAUGAUUCCGAUGAUAGUGCGAGUGUGGUGCGAGAACGGCGCGGGGUGGUCGCCUACGCCGGUGCCCGUAACGCCUCACACGACCAGUCGGGACGUGCUCGACUGUUGCAGGGACCCGGGCGACGAGCCUUGCCUGCUUUUAAGCGUACAUCCACAUCAUGGAGUGCACGUUCUCCGAGAUAACGAAUUGCCUUUAGAGCUCGCUUCAGCCCUCGGACCUGAUGUCCAGUUUGUGCUCAAGUACGUCGAUCCUGAGACGGGGAGCACGGAUAAGAGCAAUGGUAUGAAGGAACCGGGAUCACCUGAGGAAUUGUUGUGUUCCCAAAGAUGGACGGAUGUGAUUGCAUCCAUUGCUCGUUCAAUUACCAUUUGCUAUGAGAUGCAUUCCAGAGAUGACCCAACUAUGAUAGACGACCGACUGAUUCCCAAUUCCUUGCAUUUGAAU